AUGGUGAACGAAACGGUUCCUCCCACGAUGGCCCUCAACUUCACGUCGGCGGCCGCCGACCUUCCGCCCCUUCCGGCCUACACAUUGAGGCCCAAGCCGGAGCUCAUUCCUGGCAUUCCGGACAGCUACCUCAACGUCUUCGGCCCGAUCGUCGUCUACUGGUGCUUGUCAAUGUUCUUCCACCUCAUUGACACAUACGAUGUCUGGCCCCAGUACCGCCUUCACACCCCCGAGGAGAUCACCAAGCGCAACCACGUCUCGCGCUAUGAGGUCGCCCGCGAUGUCCUGAUCCAGCAGCUGAUCCAGGUCGCCAUGUCCGUCUUCCUCGAGGUCAUUGACGACGAGCAGACCGUUGGCCGCGAAGAGUACGACGUCGCCGUCUGGGCGACCCGCGUCCGCCUCGCCCAGCGCGCCCUGCCCACCGUCCUCGGCCUGCUCGGUCUCAACGCCGCCUCGAUUUCCAAGAACAUUUCUGCCUCGGGCCACCCGUUCAUCGCCGGCGCCCUCGCUGGAGGUCACUACCCGUUCCUCACCACCGAGCUGCUUGACGGAUCGCACUCCGUCGUCCCCGCCUUCGCCGCUUGGGAGCUCUUUGUCGCUAAGGCCAUCUACUGGCUGGUCAUCCCCGGUAUGCAGCUGUUCGCCGCUGUCUCGGUCCUCGACACAUGGCAGUACUUCCUCCACCGUUUGAUGCACGUCAACAAGUGGAUGUACACUACCUUCCAUUCGCGACACCACCGCCUCUACGUUCCUUACGCCUACGGUGCUCUGUACAACCACCCCUUCGAGGGCUUCCUCCUCGACACCCUCGGCGCUGGUAUUGGCUUCCUUCUUACGGGCAUGACCGCCCGCCAGGGUCUCCUCUUCUUCUGCUUCUCGACCAUCAAGACCGUUGACGACCACUGCGGCUACUCCCUGCCCUGGGAUCCCCUGCAGCACAUCUCGAGCAACAAUGCCGCCUACCACGACAUCCACCACCAGACAUGGGGCAUCAAGACCAACUUCUCGCAGCCCUUCUUCAUCUUCUGGGACCGCAUCUUGGACACGAGGUACAAGGGCGACAGGAAAAACCGCGUACAGCAAGUGGCAGCGAGCAACAGCAAGGCGGUGGAGACCAAGUCCGAAUGA